AAGCGUAUAAUUCAACGGUUUUUAGUAUAGCCACAAAGCUGUGCAAGGAUUACCACAAUCAAUUUUAGAACAUUUUCAUCACCCCCAAAAGAAAUCCUGUAAGUAUGACGAGGCAUUCUCCACUCUCUACUCCUCGGUUCCUGGCAGCCACCAAGUUACUUUCUGCCUCUGUGAAUUUGUCUGUUCCAAACACUUCAUGUAAAUGGAAUGAGCUUCUUCAUGACUAGUGCCUUCAACUUAGCAUGCUUUCAAGGUUCAUCCCUCUUACAGCAAGUGUAUCUUGAGGGUUCCACUCCUUUUCCUGGCUGAAUGACCAGGCGUGCAUGAAUAUACCACAUUGUGUUUAUCCCCUACCAGCUCGGGGACAUUGGGUUACCUCCCCUCUUGCCAUUAUGAGUAAGGCUGACGUGAAGGAUUUCACACAAGCUUUUGUAUGGAGGUGUUUUCACGUCGCUUAGGUAUAUUCCUAGGCAUGCAGCUGCUGCCUCAUAGAGUAACUAUGUCCUGUUUGAAGACCUGCCAGCUUAGUCCCCAGAGCAGCUGCCCAGCAUUUCACAUUCCUACCAGGAGGUGGUACGUUUAAUGUAUGCUCAGAUACUGGGAUUCUUUCCUCUCUAACUUCUGAAGGGCUGAACUGAGGGAAAUUCCAGGAAAGACAGGGAUGUGGGGCUAGGGCUAGCAGCCUGGCCAAGGUAUGCAGGGUGGAGGGGGCUGGCAGUGCAUUCACCAGAGCACUGGGCUUUGGUCCUGUCUGCCUCUGCUUGCUGCGUGACUGUGGUCAGGUCACUUCCUCUCUCUUGGCCCCAGUCUCCUUAUCUACGACAUGAAGGUGUUAUACCAUUGGGUGAAGCCAAGGACGGUGGCGAGCACUCUGCAGUGCACAGUGCAGCCCCAGUAGCAAAGCACUGUGUGGCCCCAGCUACUCCUAGAGUCUAAACAGAGAAACCCUGCCUUGGUUGAGGCGGCCUCAGAGGGACCAGUGCUACUCAAUCACUUUCAAACAUGCUGAGGCAGGCAGUGGGCUCAGACGGCACCACUGAGUCCCUGGGUACUUGGACAAGAUGCCUCCCGUCCUGCUGGGGUUGCUGUGGGUGCCUGGUUGUGGGAUCCCGCUGGCUUUCACCCACUGCUUUCAUCUAAGUGUGGUGUCCUGUACACCUGAAUUCAAUGCCAGACUUGAUGGAACAGCCUUGUUAGGUGGUGAGGUCAUCAUCAGUGGAGACAUCUCAGAGAAUGUCACCUGUCAGAGAUGUGACUCUGUCACUGUCAGAGACUCAGGUCUGGGCUCCUCUUGAGGCAUUUCUAAGCUCUCUGGGGCGAAGGGCCAGGCCGAGGCUUCCUGCUGAACCCAGAACACCCCAGGAGCUCUGGGCAUCCGCACCUGGCUCCCGAGCUGGGGCUGGCAGGAGCGCAGAGCGCCUCUUUCCCGCGCUAGGCUGGAGACUUUGCUCUAAGUUUCCCUCUCCCGAGCCCCCGCCCGCGGAGGCGGCACCGAAGUCGCGCGCUUGGGCCCUGCCGGGGGCCGUGCCGGGCUUCCGUGUACCCCGGGGAGCUCGGGCCGCGAGCCGCCAGAAUAUGUAUGGCCCUUGAUUAAAAAAACCCCUUGACCACCAAGGCCAGCCUCUUCCUGAAAGCCCCGCUCGCGGCGAUACAGGAAGUGGCAGGGAGCGAGCGCCCGGCGCUCGGCGGCGUCCCCACUCGGCUCUCGGGGCUGGCGACGGCGCCCGCCCGGGCCCCUCCCCAGGGCAGCCGCAGCGCCAUGCGGGCUCCCUGGGCGCCGCGGGCCGCUCCGCACGCCUGAGUCCCGCGGAGCAGCGACCCCGAGCCGCCGGCGGCAUGAUCCGACGGGCAGGAGCGCCGGCGCGCGGGGACCCUGCCGGUCCUGUUCCAGAUGUUGGCAAAGGAGAGGGAGAGGAAGAGGAGGAGGAGGAUAGCAUGGGGCUGCGUCUGGCAGCCACCUCCAAGAACUACCUUCCUCAUCGGGGUAUCAGUAUCCUGGAGAAGCUGAUCAAGACGUGCCCCGUGUGGCUUCAGCUCGGGCUGGACCAGGCAGAGGUGACCAGGAUCCUACAUCGGGAGGUGGCCGGGCUGUUCCUGGUCCGCCGGGACAGCAGCCGAAAGCGUCUGGUGCUCUGUGUCCACUUCCCGUCUCCGGAUGAUGGCUCCUCCGAGGUGCUCGAGUACACCAUCAGAGAAGAGAAGUCGAUAUUGUACCUGGAAGGCUCAGUGCUUGUGUUUGAGGACAUCUUCAAACUGAUCGCAUUCUACUGUGUCAGUAGAGACUUACUGCCCUUCACGCUGCGGCUGCCCCAGGCCAUCCUUGAGGCCAGCAGCUUCACAGACCUCGAGACCAUCUCCAACCUGGGCCUGGGCUUCUGGGACUCCUCGCUGAACCCCCCAAGAGGAGGUGGCUGCCCACCAGAGCCUCCAAAAGACCCAGCUCCUGGGGGGCCCGUAGCCUCCAGCCUCAGGUCCACAGCCCGUUACGCAAACUGUUCCUGCGAAAUUGAGCUGUCCAUAGGAAACGACCGCCUGUGGUUUGUGAAUCCUGUUUUCAUCGAGGACUGUGGCAGCGCCCUGCCUGCUGACCUGUCGCCUCCUGGCAGCUGCCUCUCGUGCCCUGAGGCUGCCACCUCGGACGCUCCUACCUCACCCACCUCCAGGUGGGCCCCUCGCCGCCCACCGCCCCCGCCCCCAGUGCCCUCCCCCCGAACCCCUGUGCUCCCUGCUCCUGCUUGUCCUUUGCCCAGCACCCCCCCAGUAUUUGCCCCCCACCUCCCAUCCCAUGCCCCAGGACCCCCAGACCACCCAAGCCAGCCACCCAUGACAGCUUGCGAGAGGCUCCCACACCCCACUGCAGGACUGGGCACCUUCAGGGAACAAGAGAUAAAACUGGGAACGGCCCCCACCCCCCCGCAACCAACCCCCACCCCGCCAAUGCCCACGAAGAAGAGCCUUCCAGCCGUGCCUCCCAGGAGACGUGUCUCUGAGAGGCUGUCCCUGGAAGACCAGAGUAUGGGGGUGGUGGCUGACAGGAACCAGCUGGGCCUUUCCAGGACGACCCAGCUCACCCUGCCUCCAGAAGGGACCUCGGAAAGCCCUAAAGACAAUCCUCAGAGUACCACAGGACAAGCCCAGGAAGCAGAGACCAAAACCAGUGAUCUGGGCAGCAUGCCAGACCCUACCAGGAAGGCCAGACAACCCCCAAUCCCACCCCCCAGGAAGAAACGGAUCUCCAGGCAGUUGGCCUCUAUCCUCCCAAGUUCCCUGGAGAGUGUCAAGUCCCCCACAAAGGAGGUGACCUCUGAGAAACCCACGCCCAGUGCGCCCAGAGAAGGCCAGGGCGCUACCCUGCAGUCUGGAACUUCACAGCUCCAUGCCCAGGCUAACGCCUGUAGCCAGAGCUCUGCAGAGUUCAAGGGCUCCCUGGCUUCCCUUCCAGACAGCCUGGGAGUGCCCUCCUCAGCUGUGGACCAGGACUCCUACUCAACCAGCAGUGCAGAGGAGGAGCUGGAUUUCAGCAGCCCCAGCGUGAAGAAGAAGCCAUCCAUGAUCUUGGACAAAGCACGCCACCGGCUGAGCUUUGCCAGCUUUACCAACGUCUUCCACGCCUUCCUCUCCAACAACCGCAAGCUGUACAAGAAGGUGGUGGAGCUGGCGCAGGACAAGGGCUCGUACUUUGGCAGCCUGGUGCAGGACUAUAAGGUGUACAGCCUGGAGAUGAUGGCGCGCCAGACCUCCAGCACGGAAAUGCUGCAGGAGAUCCGCACCAUGAUGACCCAGCUCAAGAGCUACUUGCUGCAGAGCACCGAACUCAAGGUCCUGGUGGACCCUGCCUUGCACACAGAGGAGGAGCUCGAAGCCAUCGUGGAGUCAGCCCUGUACAAGUGCGUCCUGAAGCCCCUGAAGGAAGCCAUCGACUCUAGCCUGCACGAGAUCCACAGCAAGGAUGGCUCCCUGCAGCAGCUCAAGGUGAACCAGCAGGUGGUCCUGGCCACUACCACCACCGAUCUGGGCGUGACCACCAGUGUGCCCGAGGUGCCCAUCCUGGAGAAGAUCUUGCAGAAGCUGGCCAGCAUGCACAAGGCCUACUCCCCCGAGAAGAAGAUCUCCAUCCUGCUCAAGACCUGCAAGCUCAUCUACGACUCCAUGGCGCUCGGCAACCCAGGGAAGCCCUAUGGGGCCGACGACUUCCUGCCUGUGCUCAUGUAUGUGCUGGCCCGCAGCAACCUGACAGAGAUGCUUCUGGACGUGGAGUACAUGAUGGAGCUCAUGGACCCCGCCCUGCAGCUGGGGGAGGGCUCCUACUAUCUGACCACCACCUACGGGGCCCUGGAGCACAUCAAGAACUAUGACAAGAUCACGGUGACCCGGCAGCUGAGCGUGGAGGUGCAGGACUCCAUCCACCGCUGGGAGCGCAGGCGCACGCUCAACAAGGCUCGAGCCUCACGCUCUUCCGUGCAGGACUUCAUCUGCGUGUCGUACCUGGAGCCCGAGCAGCAGGCGCGGACGCUGGCGUCGCGCGCGGACACGGCGGCGCAGGCGCUGUGCGCGCAGUGCGCGGAGAAGUUCGAGGUGGCGCAGCCGGAGGACUACCGGCUCUUCGUGCUGGUGGACGGGCGCUGCUUCCAGCUGGCCGACGAGGCGCUGCCGCACCGCAUCAAGGGCUACCUGCUGCGCAGCGAGCCCAAGCGCGACUUCCACUUCGUGUACCGGCCCCUGGGCAACGGCGCGGACGGCGGCCCGCCCUGCCUGGUGGUGCGCGAGCCCAACUUCUUGUGAGGCGGAGGCCGGCGGCCUGAUCAGAACGACAGGGACCGGAUGGGGGGGCCUCCCCGGUCACCCACUGGGUUGCGCACCCAGUCCCCUAUCAGACCACACGCACGUGUACAUACAUUCUCAGCGACAAGCCCAAGGUCACAUGUGCGUGCCAACCCAAGGCAGGAUCAUUGUGAAAACAUGAAGCCAAAA